CAAUUAGAACAUUGUCCCAUGUGACCAGUCAGUUCUGUAGGAGGCAGGACCAGGCACUAUAUAAAAGCCCCUACCUUGUCGGGCCCUGCAAUCCACAUCCUUUGUGGAGUCUUGUUGAAGACAGGUUCUGCUACCUACCUUAAGAUGUCCUUUAAUGAACAGCAGUGCAAGCAGCCAUGUGUGCCUCCUCCAUGUCUUCAAAAGUCCCAAGAGCAGUGCCAGGCAAAUACUGAGGAAGUGUGCCUUCCCCCAUGCCAGGACCCCUGCCAGGAGAAGUGCCCAGUGCAAGUUCAGGAGGUUUGUCUUCCUCAGUGCCAGGGAUUAUGCCAAGAAAGUUGCCCACAGCAAAGCCAAGACCAAUGCCCAUCUCAGUGUGUGGAGCCAUGCCAGGAGCUAUCUCAGACAAAAUGUGUGGAAGUUUGUCCACAGAAAGUCCAGGAGAAGUGCUUGCCCCCUGGCAAGGGAAAGUAACUUCUCAUAAUGCCAUCUGGGGUCAAGAAGAUGGCCAACAGAUGAAAACCCAACCCAAGCUCAUGCUAUGGUAGCCUUCACCUGUGGAUACCUCUGUGUGCACCUUGUUCUUGCCUCCUGGUUUCCUCAGUAUUCCAGGACCAGGUCUGUUGUCUCUGAAGACAUUUCUCUCUGUAUUUCAUCAGUCUUUGUGAAUAAGUAUUGUUCACAGCAGUCUAAUAGAAGGUUGCCAUCAUAGGAAUAGUGCAGUUAUAAGGGGAGACCACAGAAGCCUAGUUCAGCUCCCUUGGGGCACAAACUUACCCAGCCUUGAGUGUGUAACAGCCAAGGAUGCUUUCGUUCCUCAUUCAGAGUAUCAGCCUCUCACUCAAGCCUCAAAAAAAGCUGAAAUUUGAUGGACCUUGUACGAUCACCACCACCACCACCACCAUGAAUACAGAGAAGAGGUUGGUGGUACUACAGAAAUAAAAAAUUGAAUCAUUUAGUCUCUGCAUUCUAAAAAGGAACAGCAAAUUAUUGGACAUUGGAAUGUUAGUUCUGCUUUUAAAAAUAAAAAAAAUACAUAUGUAAAUGGUUGAAUCUAAACAGGACAGAUGAGAUAGGAUGUCUGGGAUCCUGGUUGAUCUUUGUGCUUGAUGUCUGGUCUGCUUUGGGCCCUGUAAUUUCACGUACAUUCUUUAGACAUGUGAUUUGUGUCUGUGUGGUGCAGCCUAGUCUUCUCUUCAGCUUCAUUGCUUUCUUCUCCCUUGUGAAGGUAAAAUACAGAAUAAAGCUGAUCCCAAGGCUGA